GCUGGGGGAGGAUUUCCGAACCCGUCACAGCGAAGAUGGUGGCAGCUCCAGGCGUGUGGAUGUUCCGUUCGCCCGGAUAACACGGUUAAGCAGCCACGAGAGUGUAUUGCCUGGAGUCAGCGAAAGCCGCGUUCGGAGCCCGUUGAGAGGGUUGUAAAAAAGGGAGGCUACCAAGCGGCGGACUGAAGAGGACACACAAACUCACACACACACACACACACACACACACACACUAGCCUGAGCGCGCGAUCUAGUGUGUGUUGCUGUUGGACACUCUUACGAACUAGUGCCAUCCAGACCCUGAGGAGUUGGUUCCGAUAAGAAGUCUGCUCUCUGUUGUUGUCGGAGUUUGGAUCAUUUUAACAAGGAUAGAAGCGAGGGUUUCCUCUUUGUUUGCUCUGGGGCUUCUUUCUUCACGCCUUCUUCGACCAGGGGGGAUGUGAAGGGAGGAAAUCGAGCUCCAAAUAACCACAGUCCUCACUGGGUCUCCUCUCUAAACGCAGGAAAUACAGCCUGGGGAAAAACUUUUUUUUUUUUUUUUUUUUAAUAAUUUUGAAGAAGCUCUCUGAGGCUGACGUUUUGCACCACUUGAAUUUAAAGUAGUACAUUUCUAACCCAACCACACCUCGCUGGAAUCCAACGCCGCUGGAUAUACGGAGAAAAGUGUUCGAAUGUGUUGUGUUGUUUCUAUUGCGAAGAGCUUUGAUCAUCACUAUUUUUAGAGCAGCCUCGACCCAGGCUGUUCCUCGUAUCUCGUAUGUUUUGCCAACUGCGCGCAACAAGUUGCAGUCACUCCGAGCCGAGGUAAAGCGACGCUAAUUUGGGCCAGUGGUUGGUAUUUUCUGUGCUUCUCUUUUCGGAUUACGCUCUUGGAAUAGCACACACCCCUCCCCAACCCUUUGGAAGGUAGAAGGGGGGAUACACGGAGAAGAUCCGGAGCGGGAGUUCAGGAAAGGACGGGGCUGGGUCUGUGGGAUUAGGCCUGCCUGUCUGCCAGGCCGCCUCGUGUACGAGCUGGUUUAUGGUCAUGGAUUGGUCUCCGAAAUCGCGCUGUCAGGAAGAUUUAUAAGACUACAGAUGGAAGGAAUGAAUGCACGGAAAUCCAAUUGUUCAGCCCACUGCUCGAGAAGGAAUGCAGAAGCUCGUCACGUUGUUGCACAUUUGCAUAAAGCUGCUACAACGGUGGAAUUUUUAAGAGGCGACUGCACAGAGUGAAGAUGCCAAUUGUUGCAGAGCUACCAGCGACCAUCACCAGCUGUUGACAACCCACAUCUGGAUGUGCUCACGCAAUGCAACUGUGGAUGGUCAAUGAUGGAGACGGACUGAUUAGAGACUGUUUUGCUGGGGAGAAACUCAGUCUGAAACCCAGAUGCUCUUUGCGGAGUGAUGCUUGUAAUGCGAGUAGCGACGCAAAUCUAGGGUCUCAUCAUGAGCAGCUCAAUACGCUGGAAAGGUGUGUCUGGUGUGAGUGAGUGUUUCAGCUUCUCUGUGCAUAGCAAAGACAUCUGCACCUCGCGCUCAGUACUUUAAGCGUGAUUAUUCCAGCAAAAACACAUUUGUGCCCCCUCCCAAUCCUUCCCUCCCCGGAGUGCCAAAUGUGAAUACGCAGCGCCCACUCAACACAUCUAAUUGCCCGAGCACCAACCAGAGCUAUUCAUAUUUAACUCCAUUCCCCCACUCCUCCUUUCCCACGUCAAUAUGGCCACGCUGCAACAACACCGGCAGCUUCUCAUGCACGCCACAGAAGUGAGCUGUAAUUCCAGCAGGGAUGGUGCUGUGACCGUACAGAUUAUCAACAGUUCGCUGCCGCCGCAUGUUCAGCCGCAGGAGCCGGUGAGGCCUGCCACCAGUGUCGGAGGAGGAGCCGUAGGCCGUGAAGAUAGGAGUAGAAUGAACCCUAACCUCCACAAAUAUAGUAUUUCCUCCAGCUGCAGCUCCGCAGACUCCAGACUGGCUACAACCGCCACAACAAGGGUGCACAGGAAGGCACCACCACUAUUUGAGCGAUCUGCUGCCCAAUGCUGGGACCCCAAAUUCGACUCUCCCAUCCUCGAGGAGGCUUGCCAAGAAAGGUGCUUUCCUCAGACUCAGCGGCGCUUUCGAUAUGUCCUGUUCUACCUGGCCGUGUCAGCUGUGCUCUGGGCCAUUUACUUUAGUGUCAAUAGUGACCGUUGCCACCCCAUGACCUUCCUGGCCCCCACGGCCUCCUUUCUGGCCCUCUUAGCACUCCUCUUCUUGUUCACCUUAACUCAGUACUACAUACAACUGUACAACCAGACAUCGUUGCUCCUGAUAGCCGUCACCUUCGCCAUCACCUUGGGUCCACAGAUACAGACUGCUGGCUACACUGAGCUGGAGUGGGCUCACCAUGCAAAUGCUUCAUACCAUUUUCCAGACACACACCAAUCCCCUUGCAUAUCUCCAGUGGCUACCUUUUCUUUCUGUAUAGAGGUCCUUUUAUUGUUAUACAGUGUUCUCCAUGUGCGUCUGUAUGCCUCAGUGAUGCUGGGGUUCUUAUACUCUAUAUUAUUUGAGGCAUUAGGGUGGCUACCGUUGCUUCACAGAAGCUAUGAUUCUACUGAAUGGGGGACACAUUUGGGGAGUUCCAGCUCCAAUUGGGAAACGGACACGCUCCAAUGGCUAGGUCCGGCCAAAGCGCUGCUUCACUUGUGUGUCCACGUCAUCGGUAUCCACUUGUUCAUUAUGUCAGAGGUGCGCUCUCGCAGCACCUUUCUCAAAGUGGGCCAGGCUAUCAUGCAUGGCAAGGACCUCGGGGUGGAGAAGGCCUUGAAGGAGCGUAUGAUCCACUCGGUUAUGCCUCGACGUGUCGCAGACGAGCUAAUGAAGCAGGGUGACGAUGAGGGCGGUGGGAGUGAGAAUUGUAGUAAGCGUUAUUCCUCUGGUACCUGCUCUGCCUCAGUUGUCUCAGUGGGCACUGGAGGAGGAGUUGGUGGCGCUUCGCCAUCGCAAAAUGCCACAAACCCCAAGAACUACCCUCCCAACAACCACAAACGCAAGAAAACCUCCAUCCCACGUGGACAGAUAAUAUUUCGACCUUUCAACAUGAAACGUAUGGAACCUGUUAGCAUCCUUUUUGCAGAUAUUGUGGGCUUCACUAAAAUGUCUGCCAAUAAGUCUGCACCAGCCUUGGUCGGGCUUCUCAAUGAUCUCUUUGGACGCUUUGACCGUCUCUGUGAACUAACCUAUUGUGAGAAGAUCAGCACACUGGGUGAUUGUUAUUACUGUGUCGCAGGCUGCCCUGACCCUAGAGCUGACCAUGCCUACUGCUGUGUAGAGAUGGGUCUAGGUAUGAUCCAGGCCAUCGAACAAUUUUGCCAGGAGACAUGUGAGACUGUCAGCAUGCGUGUUGGUGUCCAUACCGGCACUGUGUUGUGCGGGAUUCUAGGAAUGAAGCGCUUCAAAUUUGACGUAUGGUCAAAUGAUGUCAAUCUGGCCAACUUGAUGGAGCAGCUUGGUGUGGCAGGCAAGGUUCAUUUGUCUGAAGCCACCGCUCGAUUUCUGGAUGACCGUUACCAGCGGGAGGAUGGUCGAGUGGUGGAGAGAGCCGGAGAGAGUGUGGUGGAGAAGCUCAAGGGGUUGAAAACCUACCUGAUCUCAGGAAAGAAGUUGGGACACGAUGUUCAGUGUGGCAGUUCUCAACUGGGAACUGACUUUGUUGGGAUGAGCCUGCCCUCCUGUACACAGUGCCAUGCUCCUGAAAUCAUCCAUGGGGGUGUCCAAGCUGCUGAACCUUUGUUGCCCAACCAGCCACCACACACGACUGGGCAUCCGUGUGCUUCUCGCCUUGAGGUCAUGUCUUCAGUGGCAGAACACGGUGAUGAAGUGGCUGUGCUUAACGGCUGCCAGGAUGAGCGCAAGAUUAGCAAUGCUAAGUACCUUCCUGGUAACAGUCUCAGAACGGCCAAUGGCCUCCUGGUCCCGUCGCUGGAGGAUCCAGUGAGGGCAAGCCAGAGCUCGCUGUGCGACAUGCUCCAGGAGAAAGAGAAGAAGCCGAGCACAAGUACGAUGACCGGCACCAGUGUUGGCAUGCCAGUUGGCGCUGGACCACCGGGUACAGGAAUGGAGCACUCAGCACUUAUUCAGCUGCGUGCCAAGAACUUUCAAGAAAAGAGCGACGCCCACUUUGUGGAUGUUAUCAGAGAGGACAGUCUGAUGAAGGAUUAUUUUUUCAAACCACCCAUCAACAAGAUCAGCCUCACCUUUCUAGACCGGCCUCUGGAGACAGCCUAUCGCAGCAGCUACAAGGAUGAGGUGAAAAACCAAGUCCAAGAACAGACCUUUGCAAGCUGCACGUUCAGCUCCUUCCUUGAUGUUCUUCUCAGCUUUUUUGUCUUCUUGGCCCUCACCUUGGCAUGUUUCCUUCCCCCGCUGGUGAGCUCAGCCAAUGUGGGCCCCCCAUCUUCUGCAUCACUCGCUGUGGCUCCCAUGGCUGGCCUGCUGGAGCUGGCCUCUUUGGUGCUCUCAAUACGCAUGGCCUUCUAUCUAGAGGAAGUGAUGAACUGUACCCGCUCCCUGCUUCUGGUGGUAUCUGGCUGGGCUGCUCGUCACAUGAUUGGGGCCGUGUUAGUCUCUCUACCCGCCGUCUCAGUCUUGUCCCACCUGACCUGGGGUGUCCAGCUACCGCUUCAGCUGACAAUGUUCUUGUGCUGUGCCACUAUCAUCGCCAUCAUCCAAUACUGCAACUUCUGUCAACUCAGUUUUUGGAUGCGGUCGGUCCUGGCCACAGCUACUGGGAUCGCCAUAUUGCUGUUGCUUUAUAGCCCCUUGCACAGGUACAGCUCCAGUAAUAACAACUUGCCAGUUCAUGGAUUGAACAUCUCCAUAUUACAGAAUGUUGGGUCAACUUCACAAUCCGACCAUCAUCCUCCUCUAAGACCUCUUGAUCUUCUGGUGCCAGAAGCAGUUCUUGCCUUCUUUCUGCUUCUUCUCCUCGUCUGGUUCCUAAACCGUGAGUUUGAGGUCAGCUACCGUUUGCAUUACCAUGGCAACGUGGAGGCUGACAAGCACCGCUCCAAGAUCCAGACGAUGCGGGACCAGGCAGAGUGGUUACUUGGCAACAUAAUCCCCAUCCAUGUCGCUGACCAGCUCAAGGUGACACAGAGCUACUCCAAAAACCAUGACAGUGUGGGCGUGAUCUUUGCCAGUAUUGUAAAUUUCAGUGAGUUCUAUGAGGAGAGCUACGAGGGUGGCAAAGAGUGCUACCGUGUCCUCAAUGAGUUAAUUGGAGACUUUGAUGAGCUUCUUCGAAAACCUGAAUUCAAGAGCGUGGAAAAGAUCAAGACAAUCGGUGCCACUUACAUGGCGGCAUCUGGGCUAAAUGUCCAGCAACUGGCGGAGUAUGAAGAGGAUUCUCCGCACGCUCACCUGAGGGCACUGUUCAGCUUUGCCCUGGAGAUGAUGGGCGUACUGGACGACUUCAACAAGAACAUGCUGGGGUUCGGUUUCAAGCUCCGCAUCGGAUUCAACCAUGGGCCACUGACGGCGGGGGUGAUUGGCACCACUAAGCUGCUCUACGACAUCUGGGGAGACACGGUCAACAUUGCCAGCCGCAUGGACUCCACUGGUGUGGAGUGUCGGGUGCAGGUGAGCGAAGAAAGCCACGCUGUGCUCAGCGCCAUGGGCUUGGAGUUUGACUAUAGAGGUACUGUGAAUGUGAAGGGAAAAGGGCAAAUGAGGACAUUUCUCUUCCCUAAAAAUGGAGAGUGUAUGUGCCAAGAUAAACAGGAGUUUAGUGCCUGGGUCGGACCCUCGCCAGUGGCAUCAUUGACAAACACUACAUCAGCUGUUACCCAGGCAGCGGUCACUCAGCCUUCUUCCUCUCCGUCCACACUUCCUCCACACUUGCAAAGUGCAGUAAGGCCCAAGACGGUCUUGGCUUCGUCCACAGAAGCAAGGAAGGAAGGAUAUAGGGACGCUUCACACCAAGCUGGGGAGUCUGCCACCAAAGACCAUAACUCCCCUCGCACCACCUCUGGCCUGGUAGCCUCAGAAGGUGCACAAGUGUCCCCUCAGGUGCCGUCAAAUGGAGAGGAGGCUAUAGUGGAGGAGGUGGAUGAGCUAACGAGACUCAACGAGGAGUUUUACGCCCGCCUCUGAUCAUCCUAUUCCUCCAUCUCGGUCUCCCCCCCGAACACCCUGCUAUCCCAGCUGCUAUUAAUCCAGGGCUGUUUUCUGGUCCAGCCAAAAAGUUGAGGUAGAAGAGGAAAAUCUGCUACUUCCGUUGUUAAAUGGAAUUUAGUGUUGCAGUGGACUGAACCUGUGUUGACCACAGUAGAGAAGGAUGACGGCCAAAAGGGGCAAAACCAUAUUUUGUUGGUAUUGUUUUUUUUUUUUUUUUUAAUUCACAUUGUAAUUAAGUGCCUACGGGACUAGAACAGAACAAAUAUGAAUAACGAACAAAGUUAACAUGUAGACUGCCGAAAACUGUGGUUUCUUACGUCACACUUUUAUUUUCAGUGCAAGGAGGGGGAAAAAAAUAAAAUAAAAAAAAUCAUGAUUGUUGUGCCAUACCAUUUUAACUUGAUCUUGAUCUUACUUAAUGGAAAAUCAUUUUAGAUUCAUAAUAAUAGGUGCCAAUGCAGCAUUAUAGGCUAAGCAAGGAACUAUGGGAAGAAUGAGAGAAUCACAUGAAGCAGUGUUAACUUUUUCUAUGUAUUCUACUUUGACAUGAGGGCUAUUUACAGUAUUGUGCUCACAUUUUAAGAGAAUAUGCUGCAAAGCAGGCUGCAUAGAUUUGAUUUUGUUGUACAUGCACAUUUAAGCACAGGUCUUGCACAAUGUUUUUUCCUCGACCACUUGUUUUUAGAAGUGAAAUAGCUAAAACAAAAUAUAUUUUCUCUCACAAAGUACAAUCAAAAGCACAACAUAAAAUUGUAUAACAUUUAAAUUAGGGGAAAAGGGAGAUAAUCACAAAUAGCAGGAAGGCACUUUAACUAGACUUGAUACUGUGACCCAAGAUCUUUCAAAUGGGCAUGAAACACACGCUCUUUUAGGCCUGUGAAAUGGUCGAUUUUAACUUUAACUCAUUGAAGGUAAAGGCCACACAGUAAACUCCACUUCUUUGCAGUCUGACGAGAUCUGCAAAAAGUCUGAAUUAUAACAAAUUACAUCACUGAAUGCGUUGCACAGCUUUAAACAGUCAUCUCCCCAUGCAAAGACAGGUGUACAGUAUUGAAAAGCUUUUGAGUGGAGUAGUAAGUACAUCAAGUGGGACUGUGAGGGACAAUCACUGUGUAGACAAAAUCAAAAAUCAAAACACAGAACAUUCAUUUGUUGCCUUAGUCAGAUGACAAAAUAACACAUUGGUCAGUCCCCCGGUUAUCAUCAUUCAAUAUUUCAGUUUUCUCCAUCAUUCUGUGUGAUUGUUGUUAAACAUGUGGGAGACAGUCUCUUAAUUGAGGGGGCCUCUCCUGUAUCAAUACUUAAUGUUGUGCCACUUUAAUUGUGUGAUCUUUAGGUGCAUCACAGCCUAAAUGAGUUGAUUGUUUUGUGGUGCCUAAAGGUAUGAGUGUAUUUGUGAGGAGUUCGCUUUUCCGAAUGUGUGGUAUAAUGCUGAAAAUAGAUGGUUGUAUGUUCAGGGUGGUAUCUACAUUUCUUUUAAUAAGUGUUAUAUUUUUAUUAUUUUUCAACCCCGCAUUAACUGCCUGUCUCGGUUAUUGUGGUGGCGUUGGCAUCAAAUGAAGCACUUGUUUUCUUAUAUCCGUGAGAAAGCGUUUUCCUUAAUUAAGUUAAUAAACACAGAUAUAGUCGGAGCAAUAGGCACAAAAGUGUUGCAUUGAUUGCAGUGCAUUGGGCAAUAGCAUGUAUUGAUAAGAGUGUAAUUACAUCUUUAUAUAUCUGUGGUGUUUGUAACUCAAUACAACACACAAAUACACCAGAAAAUAGUCUUGACUUUUGACUCCACACAUAUCUUUAGUUAAACAAAAAAUACAGCAAUUAUGUUUUUGUGUUUAACUUACAUAAUACAAUUGUGUGGAACAUUUUAAUAAGUCAAUAUUAAUUUAAGUCAUUGCUUGUCAUCAAUAGUUUGUAAAAAUGCAGAAUUGUGGGAACUGUCAGAAAUGAUUCAUCAUAAUCAGUACCCUUGCACACCAUCCAUCCAGCCAUCCAUCCAUUUUCUGAGCCGCUUCUCCCGCAACUAGUGCCUUAUCAACAAAAUACUAUGGUGUAUAAAUAUACAUCAGUGUGUAGCGUGUGGUUACGCAUCGCAUUACAUUUCUCUACGGUAUAAAAACUUGGAGUCGUAAUAGUUGGAGUCACACAAAGUGAUUUAUGGGUUCAAAGCCUUGUCUACUUGGCUUAUUUUCUCAGUCACUUUUCUUCUACUUUUAGCCAAUAAACGAAUUACACAAUGAUCUUAAUUCUUUAUGUUCAAAAAUAUUUUCAAUUAUUUGUCACAUCUUGUGUAUGAAUAAAAGUAUAAGAUACAUAACCAAACCUUGCAGAAUAGAAGACAAACAUGUUCUUCUCAACUCAGAAUGACCCAUCAAAAACAGCUCCUGCCCCCCUACCAUUUUUCUGUUUUGUUGUUUUAUGGCUGUAACGCUUCAUUAAUCUAUUAGAGCUACAGUGUUCCUAAUAUGGGACAAAUAUUGAACACACAUGGUCGUGUUAUGGAGACAUAACAGCUUGACACCUUGUUAGAUACACAGUAUGUUUAAUUGGAUUUUAGCACCACACUGUUCAUUUCAGCAUCACUCAUUCGACAAAUGUGUUUAAUGAGAAUAGUUUAUUGGAUUACUCUACAAACAUUGCAACACACAGGAUUCUUCAGGUCCCUCCGUUUUGCAAAUUUAAAGGACACUAUUGAUUGAUAAAGUGUAUUGCAAUAGCUGUUUUGCAGGGAAAAAAAGGGAAGCUGCCUCUGUGUAAACACAAAAACCGCUUGUUGCAUUGAACACAAAUAAGGAAUACAAAUUUUUUGGGCCAGCAAAAUUAGGAACAAGCAAAUUCACCAUUUUACUAGCUCUUGUUCAAAUCAAUGCAACAAUAUAAUCCCGAUCUGUCAAAUGAAUCUGGAAAGGUUAGCAAUAUAAUUAACCCUUAAUUUCAAUGUAUUUAUGUUUUUUAAGUACACUGGGGCAAAAAUGAGGGCUGUUUGACAACAAUGCUUUUUCCUUUAUGCGUUGGUUUAAUGCUCAUGAGAUGUAUUAUGUAUGUUUAGUGCACAUUACCCAGUAUCCUAUAUCAACACAUGAUCAUUAUCUGUACACAUUUUGCACAAAGCACUCAAUGUUUGUACAUAUGCAAUUAGUUUGUCACAAUUGUUUUUAUACAUGAGCAUGUGUCCGAUUUUGCCAGAAAACUAUGAAAAAGAGACACUCGUCUCACAACUGAUGCAAUGUGUGCCUAUUUGAGUGUGGAUAUGAUUUUCAUUACUCUUUAUUUUUCAGUAUGAUUGAAAUAAACUUGCAAGCAGAAAAAAUGUUGUGAACACUGUAAAAAGAUGGUUUUUUGUCAAAGAUGAGCAUUACAGCUUUGUUUUAAAGUAUUUUUUGAUAGUCCCUUGAUCCCAAAAGACAGUUUUUGAUUAUUUUUCAACAUGUGAACAUAGAGUGUGUAUAAAACUGUUUGACCAACUUA